AUGAAUAGUCAUUCAUGUGGAUGCUCUUCCCUUCUGCCGGAGGGAAGAUAUGUUGUACGCUACAAAUGCAGCCAGCCUGGCCCCAUACAGGAUGUCUUGAGACAAAGACCAGGUUGGAUUGAAGUCAAAGAUGACGGCGAAUGGGACUUCCACUGGUGUGGUGUGGGCUGGCUGAAGGAGAAUUUGUUCAUGGAGGAACAUGUAAGGGUAAACCACUUUCGCAAUCAUUACGAGCUGACUCGCAAAGACUUCAUGUUGAAAAACCUGAAGAGGUUCAAAAAGAAUCUAGAAAGAGAGGCCAGCUGCAUGGAAGGCUCCAAAUGUGAUUUCUUCCCCUGUACCUUCGCACUGCCUAAUGAGUAUCAUCUCUUUGUGGAGGAGUUUAAAAGAAACCCUGGCAGCACUUGGAUCAUGAAGCCGGCUGCAAAAUCUCAAGGCGCAGGCAUCUUCCUUUUUAAAAAGCUGAAAGACAUCAUGGAUUGGAGAAAGCAUGACGCCACUCGCUCAGAGGAGCAGAAAGAUGCAGGUCAAGUGGAAAGCUAUGUGGCACAGCGCUAUAUUGAAAACCCCUACCUCCUUGGUGGCAGGAAGUUUGAUCUGCGGGUCUAUGUGAUGGUCACAUCAUAUUUUCCAUUGAAGGCAUGGCUUUAUCGGGAGGGCUUUGCUCGCCUGUCAAACACACGUUUCUCCCUGAGUAGUAUUGAUGACAAGUACGUACAUCUCACGAAUGUGGCCGUUCAAAAAACAGCACCUGACUAUGAUCCUGAAAAAGGAUGUAAAUGGAAGAUUCAGAAGCUCCGUCGGUAUCUGACUGCAAAACACGGACGGCUGGUGGUAGAAACUCUGUUCAAGGAUAUGGAUAACAUCUUCAUCAGCAGUCUACAGAGUGUGCAAAAGAUUAUUAUAAAUGACAAACACUGCUUUGAACUCUAUGGCUAUGACAUUAUGCUGGAUGAGAACCUCAAACCAUGGUUGAUUGAAGUGAACGCAUCACCGUCGCUUGCACCCAGUAGUCAAGAGGAUUAUGACAUGAAAUACAGCUUGCUGGAAGAUACUGUAAAUAUCAUGGAUAUGGAAGGAAGGUUGACUGGGAAGGAGAAAAGAGUGGGCGGAUAUGAUCUCAUGUGGAAUGAUGGGCCUGUCUAUAGAGAGGAAGUCGACCCUGAAAUAUUUGGCUGUUCGUGUUUAAAAGCCAACACAUACUUAGGGUGUGAAAAUGAUAGGGCAAGCCAGCUCAUUUGGCUUUUUAAACAUUUUCAAUCCCCGAAGAAAAUGUAAGCUGUACAAUGGAUUAUGUGUUGAAUAAAAAAAAUCACAUUUGCCGU